AUGGAGUACGCAUAUUCUGUCAUAGCUGGUCUUUACAACUCCAGAGCAAUAUCCAUGCACGAAGAAGAAAUCUUGAAGGAAAUGGUGGAGAAAAACGACCCAGCCAUUAUGCGGAUCCUUAGCAAGCACGAUCCAGCUUCCAAUCUCGAGGAAAUCCAGAGUGAAUUCAUCAGGCUGGCAAAGCAAAGGCAAAAACCUGGGGAAGUUUAUAUACCGCCAAGAAACAUGCUAGACGAAAUGACGUCACCACUAGACAACUAUUUGCUGGAGAGGAAGAAAAGGCUGAAGUCUGAGGACGGAGAUGGCUUUACUAUAGGCUCGCCAAACCUGAUCAAGAUAGAAGAAGCGACAGAAAACGCAAGUGAAGAAAACUAA